CGCGCCCCGCCCGUCCACGGUCAGAGCUAGCGAAAUGGCCGAUGCGCUCGCCGAGAUGAGCACCGAUGCGCUCAUGCGCGAGAUUCAGCGUCGGCUGGACUGCCAGUCCAAGCCCGACAAGCGGUUGAUCCUCGUCGGCCCGCCCGGAUGUGGCAAGGGCACCCAGUCCCCAAAAAUCAAGGCUGAGCACUGCCUGUGCCACCUCGCCACGGGUGACAUGCUUCGAGCCGCGGUCAAGGCCGGAACCCCCAACGGCGUCCGCGCCAAGACCGCGAUGGAGUCCGGGGCGCUCGUGUCCGAUGACAUCGUGGUGGGCAUCAUCGAGGAGGCCAUCAAGGACGUCUCCUGCCGCAACGGGUUCAUCCUCGACGGGUUUCCGCGAACCGUCCCGCAGGCUAAGAUGCUCGACGAGAUGCUAGGCAAGAAGGGCGUCGCCGUCGACAACGUCCUGGAUUUCCAGAUCCCCGACGAGGUCCUCGUCGAGCGAAUCGAGGGCCGUUGGAUCCACGCGGCGUCGGGACGAUCGUAUCACACCAAGUUCUCCCCGCCCAAAAUCGCCGGCGUGGACGAUAUCACCGGGGAGCCGCUCAUGAAGCGCAAGGAUGACAACGCGGCGACGCUCAAGUCGCGGUUGGACGCGUUCCACGCGCAGACGCAGCCCGUCAUCGACUACUACAAGUCGCGCGGAAAGGUGAACGUGAUUCACGCCAACAAACCCUCGAAAAACGUCGAGGAGCAGAUCGCCUCCGCGCUCAAGUGAGGGUCCUGCGUCGGGACCGAGCUCGAGACGCGCGGGGUCUUUGCGCGUGUUCGUAACCUAUUAACAUGUCUGUAUCAAUCGCGUUGGC